UUCAUUUUUGUGAUAUUUGUGUUGUGUCGUAAAACCACUUAAUCAAAAUUUUCAGUGAUAUUAUGAAUAACACCAAUGGAGACCCUAAAGCAGCCCUUUUUGUUUUCACCGCCCCCAUACUGCAGACAAUCUGAAAAGCAAAAACAUGAAAUUGAAGCCUUACCUUCGCUAGAGUUAAUUGUUUCGAAUCCUUCCAAACUGCUAACACUAUAUGAAAAACUCCACGACAAUGCCAGUAAAACUAUUGAAAAGAAAAUAAAUUCCUAUUUAAUGAAAGAAGCAGAUUGCGCAUCAACCUUCUUGAUCAAUCUGUUGCCAUUUUCAGAAGAAGCUCUUGUACAAACAGUUGGUAAUAAAGAACUUGAAGACACACUGCGAUUUCCUCUUUCGAGAGACAUAAUGGCACAAUUAGUCCAAUGUGAAAAUGAAAUUUUAAAGUGCGACAAUAGCUUAAAUCCUCAAAUCGUUGCAAUAUUCGAGAAAAUAUUUGAUAAUACAAAACUAAAAAUCAUCACAGUUCCAAUUUUAAAGAAACAAACAUAUUACCAAUGUGCCACACAAAAUAUAAAACCAGCACUACUUGCGUGCUUUGUUGAAAGUAAAAAAGAGGAGAACUUUAUUGCGAAAAUAGCCAAUGAAUUGUUUAGAUUUUGUCUACCAGUUUUAAUAAAUACUCUAGCAGCUGAAGAAGAAGCACGUCAAAGGAAGCAAUACCAAACAUUGCUAGAUGCAACUUGUAAAUUUUGCUCACACAUACAUGACAUUUAUGAAUUAAUCACAGUUAUAACAAAUGAAACUAAAAAAUUAACUAAUGCCCAAAAAUGUUCCAUAUUUCUGGUAAACCUGGACGAUCUUCUUCUAAUUUCAAGAAAGUACAACACACCAGGGGAUAAAAAAAGCAAACCUAGCGUGAAACUUGCUCUUCAUUAUGCCAUCCCAGACCAUGUGGCCACUACUGGUACGCUUAUCAAUAGCCACAAGCACCCAGAAAGUGCUUUAUGCAAUGAAAAUUCAAUGGAAAUCAUUGAAUUCCGAAAUUUUUUAUGCUUCCCUAUUAAAAAUGGCGAUAACGUAAUAGGAGCCAUUCAUCUUUAUAAUAAAAGAAAAGGGAAUUUUACACGUUUCGAUGAAGACAUUGCCAAUAUUUUGAGUGUUCAUUGUGGCUUUGCCCUAAGCCAGAGUUUGAAAUUCACCCAAUUUGAGAAUUUUAAAAUCAGGAGUCAAUUAGUUGACAAUUUGAUGAUACGCCACGAACAGGUGAAUAUGGAGGAAGUAAUGCAGAAAAUCUCUUGCCCUCUCAUACAUCAAUAUCCCAACUUUGARCUAUUCAGUUUCUCACCACGAAGUAUAGUUUCAAUGGAAACCACAUGUCUCGUCUUUAAGAUGUUUGAAAGAUUGGGAUUUCUCACAACAUUUGGUAUUAAAAGAGAAGUGUUUGCUAAAUUUACGAUGACUGUGAAAAAUUGUUGCCGCGAAGUACCCUAUCAUAACUGGAUGCAUCUAUUUUCUACAGUACAUUUUGCUUAUUUGUGUUUGACGCAUUUACAGUUAGUUGAAGAUAAAUACAUUACUCAAUUAGAAGCUCUGGCUUAUUUCGUGACUUGUCUAUGCCAUGAUGUCGAUUACAGAGCUGCCAAUAGUUCGUUUCAGCAAACACCAAGUGAUGUUUUAUGCACUCUGUAUUCCAGUCCUGGAUCGGUUAUGGAAAGACAUCGUUUGUCUCAAAUCCUGCGAAUUCUCAAUUCAGAGGGCUGCAACUUUGUAGAAAUUUUGAAUCGAGAAAAUUAUAAACUUUUUGUGGAUUUACUAAAAGACUUGACAUUAGCCACAGAUUUAGCUAUUCACUUUAAACACUACACGAAAAAAUACAAUAUGACAAGGAGUGGUUACGACAGGAAUAAUCCAGAACACCGGUAUGUUUUCACAACUCUUUUAGUUACAUGUGCUGAUUUAUCGGAUCAUGCAAAGGACUGGACAGUGUCCAAAACGGUGACCAUACAACUUUUUAAAGAGUUUUUUACGCAAGGGGAUUUAGAGAUAAAUUAUUAUACAAAUCCUCUCAAAAUGAAAGACACUGAACUGGUUUAUAUACCAGAUUUGCUGGUAAAUUUUUUGAGAGAUGUUUGCCUACCAGCAUUUAAGAUGUUAGCAGUGAUGUUUGUAGAAAUAAAAGAACUUGUUCAAGUAAUAAAACGGAAUAUCCUUUACUGGGAGGCUUCUAAACAUCUCUUUUUAAAAGCUUUAGACAGCGGAAGGUCCUGUUUAGAACUUUUACAGACUGAAGAAUUUGACAAAGAUGUGGAAGCUGCAGUACAAUUAUUAGGAACCAAGAAUAAUUAAGUUUUCUCUGUGUAAAUAACACUAAAAUAACUAACAUGUUUUAGAAAAAUUUUCAAAUCUUGCUUUCUCUGAUUCGCCACGGCCAAAAUAUCGUCACAAUCCGGCUUAUCCUCAGUUUCGUAACUCAUAACACCUUCGUUAGUAAUAAGACUAAACGCAAAACAUCCAAGUCCACAAUGUCUCGCUGUGAUAAUUUCAUGUACAGUGGACAUUCCCACAGCAUCGCAUCCUAGAAUUUUCAACGCUCUCAUUUCUGCAACUGUUUCGUAACUCGGUCCUCCAACACAGGCGUAGACACCUUCGUGAAAUCCCUUCAAACCCAAUUUCUCCACGAGAAUUUUAGCAUCUUUGAUGAUGGUUUGAUCGUAAGCAUUGUUCAAUGCUAUGAAUCUGGGGCCGAAAGAUUCGUCGUUGGGUCCUCUCAGAGGGCUGUUGCCGGCGAAACCGACAAGGUUGAGGUGGUCUUUGAUGAUCAUAAUGUCGCCGGCUUUGUACGACGGGUUGACGCUGCCUGCGGCGUUUGAGACGAUGAGUGUGGAGACUCCGAGGAGUUUCAUCAAACGCACGGGCAUCACACAUCGGGACAGAGAGUUGCCUUCGUAGUAGUGAAAACGGCCUUGCAUGCAAAUCACGGAAAUUUUGUCAAUUUUGCCGAAAAUGAGACGACCUUCGUGACCGAUGACUGUGCUUUCGGGGAAAUUGGGGAGGUCGGCGUACUCGAAUUUUAGGGGAUCCGUUAAAAGUUCAGCCACAGAACCUACAAAAACAAAGCGGUUUACCCAAUUUUGGAAAAUACAACAAAAUUCUAAAUCAUUUAUUUUAGUGUAGUUUCUAGAAUACUGCAU